GAGAGAGUCUGUGUACUGUAUGAUCUCUCUCAUCACCCUCAAGCCACUCUUAUCCAUCCCAUGAUAUUUCGAUCAGAAACAUCACCGUCUUCAGGGAAAGAGAGCUGCGCUGGAUGCUGGAAAACACCAGAAGGUUCCGCAUCAUCCUGCGUCCUGAUGCGCAUCAUCAUCCGGAUGGAUUUUUCGGUCAUUUCGGGCGCCAUGGAUGAAAGGAAACCCGUUUAACACCACACACCGAGCGGGAUUCGAGCUCAACCCACUGUGAUCUCCGCGCAUCUUCGUUUUCAGAGGGUCUGAUCACCAACAGCCUUUCAAGACGGACGGGGUCGUAGAGCAUCGAGGGAAAAACCGAGGCAAUCGGGACAGGGACUACAUGCCCAACAUGGAGAGAGGGAAACCGGCCACUUACACGGGCGACAAGAAGGCAAAGAUGGCAGCGAAGACCAAUAAGAAGUGGGUAAGACUGGCCACCGUGUUCGCCUAUGUGUUAUCCGUGUCUCUGGCGGCGAUCAUACUGGCCGUCUAUUACAGUCUCUUGUGGAAACCGGCCGGGGCGACUUCUGGAAAACCCGGUACCUCGAACAACAGCACCACGGGCAACUCGGAGAAUGGUAACGGGACGGAAAUCAACGGCACACAGCCGGUGCUCUUCAAUGUCAACGGCACGGCAUCCAACGCGUCCGAGGUCAAGGCGAGGGAGACCAGGUCCCUCUCCAAAAGUGCGCACUCCGAAUCCGGGGACCUCUACAAGUACACACUUGCUCACAUCGCGGACACACAGACUGGUGUCAAAGAUCCUGCCCAGACCCGUUCGGCUAAAGACGUCCACGGAGAUCUCCAGACGAGGCGCUGGGAUGCCAAAGACGAGACAUCUUUUGAUGACGCCUCUCGGGCGAAAAGACAGAAUCGGUUGGUGUCGGACGCGAACGACCUGCAGAGGAACAAUUAAGCAGGGCCUUUGGACCGUGAACGAACAGCAGAGCUGCGGGUCCGACACGAGACAGACAGCCCGCCGUCCGGUGCGCGCGGAGACGCGGAGGCCGCAGCGGGUGCAUGGACACCGUCACCAUAGCAAAGGCGCAAAUAGUCUUUAAAGCUCCUAUAAAUUAACAUAUAAUCUUAAUAACCUUCUCGUUUUGCCUUCAGCUGGCAUGGUGGACAUUUGCAAGGUUACCGGGGUUGAUCUUUUUGGAGCGUAAUAGUCCUAAAACUCGCCUGCUGGCUGUCAUGGUCAAUGCGUGUCUAUAAGAAACAUUGAUCCAAAGACUGACCAUUCAUUACAAUGCCUUUAUUUAAAAAGCCACUUUGGGGGGUGGGGGGGGCAAGCCUUUAAAACUAUAUCUCUUAAAGCUUGCAUGAAGUUCAGCUAAACCUAACCAAUUUAUUCAGGAUUCUUAUGUUAGAGGAGCCUGUGUCAAUGCUCAGGACGUGCAGAUAUCCAGUGUAAAUCUGUUGUGUAGUGAUGUACAUACAUGCCUCACGAUGAAGGGAACGUUUAGCAUUGCUAGAUCAUUUUUACAACGAUAUUGUACCAUAGGUGCAGAAUAUAUCAGCGUAACGGUAAAUAAACUACAUUGUAUAUGCUU